CGGGAUGAAAGGCGGGAACGGGGGGCGCAGUCCAGAGGUCCGCUCCUGCGAAGAAGAAGAAGAAGACGACGAGGAGGAGGCGAGAGAAGAGUCCCCUCUCAGACGGUCUCUCUCGGAAAGGGAGCUCUAGCUGACCGCAUGGGCUGGCGAGCGGACCGCCAGAGAGGGCAAGCGCCGCUUCCCGCCUUUUAAGUUUGCCGCUGCUGAGCGGGCAGGAGAGGGACACGCUCGCCAGCGCAUGAGGGGAACCGUCCCGGGGACUCGUGCCAUUUCCACGCAAGGCUGUCUCCCCUGCCCUCUUCCCCCCUUGUUCCCGGGAACAAGAAGGGGCUGGGCUUAGUCCUUGCGAGGUGGAGGAGAGGAAGAUAGAAAAGCCCCUUUCUGAAGAGAAAAGGUUUUCUGUGGGAGGGAAGAGACGGGGCUGCUUCGCUUGCCUGUUGCUUUGUGGAGUUUUGCUUUCCUAGACUGCCCCGAGCAUGGACCCCCAGUCGCCCGCCCCCACCUCCCUCUACCACAUGAACCACACCUGGCUGGACUCGAAUGCCUCCAGGUCGGCUCCCGAGCGCCCCCUGGAGGAGGGGAGGGCCAGUUUCCUCUUCGAAAUUGGCAUCGAGAACUUCAUCACCUUGAUAGUCUUUGGCCUCAUCUUCCUCCUGGGUGUGGUGGGCAACUCCUUGGUCAUCACCGUGCUGGCCAGGAGCAAGCCGGGCAAGCCCCGCAGCACCACCAACAUCUUUGUCCUCAACCUGAGCAUUGCCGACUUGGCCUAUUUGCUCUUCUGCAUCCCUUUCCAGUCCACAGUGUACAUGUCGCCCAGCUGGGUGCUGGGCACCUUCAUCUGCAAGUUCAUCCACUACUUCUUCACCGUCUCCAUGCUGGUCAGCAUUUUCACGCUCUCGGCAAUGUCUGUGGACCGCUAUGUGGCCAUUGUGCAUUCCCGGCGCUCCUCGUCCCUGCGAGUGUCCCGCAAUGCGCUGCUCGGCGUCGGGGUCAUUUGGCUGCUCUCGAUUGCCAUGGCCUCGCCUGUGGCUCACCACCAGCGUAUCGUUCACCAUGAAAUCAUCAACCAGACUUUCUGCUGGGAAGUAUGGCCCAAUCUUCAUCACAAGAAAGUCUACGUGAUCUGCACUUUUGUCUUUGGGUACCUGCUACCACUGCUGCUCAUCUCCUUUUGCUAUGCGAAGGUUCUCAAUCACCUGCAUAAAAAACUGCGGAACAUAUCAAAGAAGUCAGAAGCAUCCAAAAAGAAGACAGCACAAACAGUCCUGGUGGUCGUAGUGGUUUUUGGGAUAUCCUGGCUGCCCCAUCAUGUUGUACAUCUCUGGGCUGAAUUUGGAGAUUUCCCACUGACUCAAGCCUCGUUUAUCUUCAGAGUGGCAGCGCAUUGCCUGGCUUAUAGCAAUUCUUCUGUGAAUCCUAUUGUAUAUGCAUUCCUCUCUGAGAAUUUUAGGAAGGCCUAUAAGCAAGUGUUCAAAUGCCAGAUUGGUAGCAAAUCACCUCUGAAUGAAGGUAAAGAAAAUCAUAUUGACACACCACCAUCUACUAAUUCAACACAUGUGUGAACAGCACUAAUAAUGUCUUUAUUUGCAAUGCCAGGUUUUCAUAUACGUAGACCUGCUUCAGAUAAAAAGCACAAGUGCUCCAAAACUUUAUGUUGGCAAUUGGUAGUCAGCUUAUUGAAGUUCUGUUUGUAAUAACAGCUUCUGGAGGAAAAGGUUUGAUGCGAGAAAAUCUGGGUUCAUAUGGAAAGCACUCUAGUAUUCUUUUUCUGGAAUGCUUUUCAAAUGAAGAGUACCUUAGUUAUUUUAAAAUUAUGCCAGAAAAGUAAAUCGAAAACCUGCUAUACAUUUAGAAGGGUGUUCAUUUAUACCUAUUAUAAUGUUUUGCUCCUAUACAAACAAAUGCAUUUUUUAAUAAAACCACUAAAGGUGCAAUCCUAACUGUACUUACCUAGGAGUAAGCCCCGUUGAAUGUGGUAGGACUUAAUUUUGAGUGGUCAUGGUUAGAAUUACACCAUAAACUAUUAUUUCUCAAAAUGUGACCUUUUUCAAGGAAAUAGGAUACAAAUCUCAGGCACCUGAGGAUAAAAGUGAAAUGUGCUUCAAAGCUUAUCUGUCCAAACUGUGCAGUAGGUCCAUGUAAUUAAUACCACAUUUACACAAUCAGCCAGAGAUUGUCCAGUGUAAGAUUACUGCCCACUUAGAACAGCUGCUUCAGAAAUGGAAUAUAUUGUGGUGUUUAGAUGUUCAUGGUUAAUAAAGCCAGAUUUACUGCUCA